AUGCAACCACCUACAUACCACAUACAUGAUAGAUGCGUGAUAAGCUGUGACGGCACUGUCAAUCCAAGCAUGGCGUCCGUAAACCUAGACGAAGACUCCAUCGACGAGGUACUCUACCUGGCACGCGCCAACGAGGUUGCGGAGCUGGCCACCUUCCUCGACGGCCUGGCCACUGCGACCAAAUCUCCCAAACCUGCCAUCAUUGCCGCUGCCGUUGAUCCCAAUACGAACAACACGGCGCUGCAUUACGCUGCCGCCAACGGUCAUGCCGACAUCAUCAAGCUACUCCUGUCUUUCGGUUCGACCACAGCCGCCGUGCCCCCCUCCCCGCAAGCCCCGGGGCUCAUCAAUGCAUGCAAUGAUUCUGGGAACACGGCACUGCAUUGGGCUGCCUUGAAUGGUCACUUGGAAAGCGUCAAAGCCCUUGUGGAGCUAGGUGCAGAUGUCACCAUCAUCAACAAAGCCGGCCACGAUGCCGUCUUCGAGGCCGAGAUCAACGACAAGGGAGACGUCGUGGACUGGCUUCUUGCUGCUGUGGAAGAGUUGGAGAAGGGCAUCGGUCAGGAGGGCGAGCCCGACGAGCAAGGAGAGGCAAGUGGAACAAGUCCAGAUGCACAAGCAAGUACCAAGGGUGUCCAAGAGGCAACGACCAAGAUGGAAGAGCUCAACACUGGAAACCCUUCGCAAGGCGGUUGAACCAGAUUCACCAUAUGCAAUACCAAUCCUUAUAUUGACGCCUCAUGACGAGCAUCCAUCUUGUCAGAAGCCUUGGCUUACAGCAGGCACUGUCCAUGCACGACACCGCCUCGCAGCCACGACGUGCAGCAUGUGGCCCAUGGUUGGCCAAGCGACAGGAGCAGAACAGUCACGCAACUUG